CCUAACGACACAGACAUGGCCGCCAUGUUGCAUGAGCCAUUACUACAGCAGAGGCAGACGACUCCACGUCAAACUGAUGUCGACCGUUCAUUUCAUCGCCAUGAUCGUUCUGCUGGUACUGUUCGUUGCAGCAGCUGCUGUGGACAGGAGGACUGAAUGCCCUGCACCACUCACCCCAGUCAAUGGUGUCAUCAAAUGUUUGCUAAACGGCACCUCCCUGGAGUGCACGGCAACAUGUUUGGAAGGGUUUUCCUUUGAGUCCGGGCAGCGUGUUGUGACAAAGAGAUGCAACAAAACCAGCGGUCAGUGGGAGGGCGAUGUGGCAAAGCUUACCUGCAUCAAACCCUGCUUGCAAAGACUUCUUAUGGGAAACGACACCAAUGAACUCCAAAAUUUCACUGCGUCUUCCUCUCUACCCGGGGUAGUCUUCGGUCCAGCAGCAGCACUGUUCUCCCGGGAGGGAGCCUGGAGACCGUCUGAAGACGAUAUCACACAGUUUAUUCAGAUCGACUUAGGUAAAGCUUAUCACGUGACCCAUAUUGUCAUCCGUGGAGAUGAAGCAGGAAGCUACGUGUCGUUAUUUCGACUGCUACACAGCGACGACAACAUCCGUUGGCAUCCCUACUCUGAAGACAACAUCGUGGAUAAGUUUUUCUCAGGCAAUGUGGACAGUCAAACAGAUCGUACAAUACUGCUGACCCAACCUUUAACCGCUCGCUACAUUCGUCUGAACCCUCUGUCCUGGGAAAACCACAUCGCCCUCAAGAUCGACAUCCGUGGCUGCUCCAGCACAGAAGAUGUGACCCCAUCAUCAGAAGAAGGAAGGUGCAAAGUGCCGUUUCCACCCGACAAAGGAGCUGUGAGCUGUGAGGGCAAUGUAUCUCGACAAGUGUGCACUGCAUUCUGCCUUGGAAAUCUUGUGUUUGAAAACAAAGGGCCGGCCAUUCAUUACUCGUGUAAUGAAGAGAGCGAUGAGAUCAGCGCCAGAGGCUUCCCACCCUGUAUCGAACGAAAUACUACUACGGUUCCGUUUGUAAAUAUUUCUGGAUCGUGCAUGUUUGAGGAGAUCGACUGUCUGAAUGUUGCCAGCAGUAACUACCAGUACUGUGGCAGCUGCCAUCACUUUAGCACCUGCAGCAGCGGCUACCUGUACGUCCGCGCAUGUCCGGAACAACUGGAGUAUGACGCGAGGAAAGGUCAGUGCGAGUACAGGUCAUCCACGUGCAGCACGAGUCACGUGUCGCGUAGAGCACAAGUGUAGCCGCGGUAUUCACAACCUGUCAGCAGCAGACUGUUGAUGACAGUUGAGGGAUGCAGUUAAAAUAUUUGAUGGCGUAUACCUGACAGAAACACUUGAGAGCUGGAGGGCGACUAACAUCUACACAUACAGCAACUCUUGUCUGAGUGAAAUUAUUUGUGAUUUUGUAGCCAAUUUAAUCAGUAUACACCUUUGGAUGCAUAUAAUAAAUUAUUAGCAUAUAAGUG